AGUAAACCUCGGUUUCGUAUAGGCGCCUAACUCAAGUUAUUUAUACUAUUUGCACUAGGUCCUUUUUCAACUAGAUCUAUCUUAGAUUACUAAAAGUGAUAGACGUUCCUUACUGCUACUUACAAUAGGAAUAGUAACUUACUGGUAAAGUACGGGAAGGAUUUACCGUGGCAACUGAUCGGACAUGAGGUUCGAAGGCUACUCUGUACAGGGCUAUCAAUCUACGUCAUGGUGUUUUUUUCUGCGUUCCGGGUAUAAGAAGCAUCGAGUCCUAAUGUUUCUCGCAGUUUGAGUAUCAGCUUGAGUGAUAGCUUGGUCAGAAAGCUGCCUCGGAACCUCAUUACAAGCACAAUGAAUCGAUCAAUUCGAGUUCUCGCUGCUCUGUUGACAGCCGGUAUUUGCACAGCUCAAGGCCAGACGACGGAGCUCCAGUCCGUAGGUUUCAACUCUAGCUUUACACUUACGCAAGCACAGAUCGAAGCUGCGAACAUUUCAGCUGGCGUUGCGGCCGAUAUCGAGAAUGCCAUACGUUAUGAUUUCUCGCAACUUGCUUUCGGUGGGCCAGGGCAAGACGACUUCUACACACUUCCGCCACUGACACUGAAGUGUAACUCUACGACUCUAAAACCUGGCGUAUUACUCAAGGUCCAAGACUAUACCAACACAAGCGGAUACGUACUGCCACCCAACCUAGCGCUCUCACGCAUCCUGUAUACCACGAAGAAUUUGAACGGCACCGUCGUCCCAGCUUCCGGAUUUGUCCUCUGGCCCUUCCAGCCGCGGCAAUUCAGUACUGGUAAUUCUAAGCAAGGAGCCCCUGUUAUCCUUUGGGCGCACGGAACAGCCGGCCUCACCGCGUCAAGGGCGCCGUCCGCACACCGGGCGCUUUGGUAUGGCGACAACGCUCCAUUCUCCCUCGCUCUAGCGGGAUAUGCUGUCGUCGCGCCGGACUACGCAGGCCUUGGAAUCUCGGCCUCAUGGGAUGGCUCACCGAUUCCGCAUCAGUACGAGACGUCGCCGGCCGGUGCUUACGACGCUCUCUACGGUCUGCGAGCGGCGUGGGAGGCAUUCCCAGGGCAACUGCAGAGCAUGUUCAUUGCCAUGGGGCACAGUCAAGGGGGAGGCGUCGCGUGGAGCAUCGCGGAGCUAUUGGAGGCGGAAGUGGAGGCUUUCGCUGAUCUGGCCAAAGGGUACCGCGGGACAAUUGCCGGCAGUCCGAUGACCAAUCUCUUUGCUUCUCCGCCUUGGCUUAUCCUCACAUGGCUCUCCACGUACUUGAAGGGAGUCUAUCCCUCCUUCGACCCUUCCGAAUGGCUUACGCCGCUUGGGCUGGCGCGCGUGGAAUUGCUGCGCCAGGUCCAAGGGGGUACUAGUGUCUCCAAGUCCCUUUUUCUGGACUCAAACAUAUACAAACCAGAGUGGAAUGAGACAUGGUACGUCAAUACAUAUGCUGAGCUCGCCAAUGCAGGACGGAAGCCCUUUGCAGGCCCGUUGCUAGUUCUGCAAGGUACAGGGGACACAACUAUCCCCUACCCCCUUACCAACGAGACUGUCGACGCGACCUGCGCGCUCUUGGAGAAGUCGAACAAGAGUCGCGAUCUCGAAUUCCUCGUUGUAAAUGGUACCGGUCACGUUCCAACGCUUGAUGCUACUAGACAAACCUGGUUGCGGUGGAUUGAGGAUCGUUUUGAAGGUGUUCCUCUUCAGCAUAGCGGCUGCUUUAGAACGGAGAUCGAGAGCUUCCGACCUCUACAGAACUAUCAACCUGUGAUAAAUUCCUUCAUUCAGUGGGCUGGAGCGGCGGAUCAGUGGUUUGAGAAGCCGCUUCCCUGAUUAGGAUGACUACCACUGUUCUCAAAAGGACGUAGUCUCCGUGUAUGAUAGAUCGUU